AUGGCGGGCGGCGAGGGCUCGGCCGCGGUCUCGGAGGAGGGGGAGAUGCGGUCGCUGGCGCUCACGCCGACGUGGUCCGUCGCCACCGUGCUCACCCUCCUCGUCGCGGGCUCGCUCCUCAUCGAGCGCUCCAUCCACCGCCUCAGCAAUUGGUUGAAGAAAACUCACCGGAAUCCACUUUACAAAGCAAUGGAGAAGAUGAAAGAAGAAAUGAUGUUGCUUGGAUUCAUAUCUCUGCUUCUGGCUGCGACGUCAAGAAUUAUCUCAGGGAUCUGCAUCGAUUCGAAGUACUACAACAGCAGAUUCUCCCCGUGCACCAAAGAAGAGGUUGAAGAAUCGAUAAAUGCAGAGCAUGCCAUUGCUCACGCUCGCAAGCAUCUACUGGAGGUCAUUCUGCACCAUUCACUGAGGAGAAAUCUAAAAACUAGUUACCAUAAUCACCAAGGCUGCCGUGAGGGAUACGAGUCAUUUGUUUCGCAUGAAGGUUUGGAGCAGCUGCACCGGUUUAUAUUUGUGAUGGCUGUGACUCAUGUGACAUAUAGCUGCUUGACGAUGUUGCUAGCAAUACUCAAGAUCCAUAAAUGGAGAAAAUGGGAGGAUGAAGCAUUCAGGGAUAAUCAUGAAUCAUUUUCUCAGAUCGCAUAUGAGUCAGCAACUAGAAGGCAACCAGCACUUACCAAAUCCUAUUCAUUCCGCUCUUGGAGCCAAAAUAAUGUGGUCAUGUGGCUUGUUUGCUUUAUUGCACAAUUUGGUCAGUCUGUUGUUCGAGCAGAUUAUCUUAUCCUCCGCAAGGGUUUUAUAAUGACCCACAAUCUUCCGCCAACAUAUGAUUUCCACAAUUACAUGAUACGCUCAAUGGAAGAGGAGUUUGAGAAGAUUGUUGGAGUGAGUGGACUGUUGUGGGGCUUCGUUGUUUGUUUUAUGUUAUUUAAUGUAGACGGAUCCAACCUGUACUUUUGGAUAGCAAUUCUUCCUGUAACUCUUGUUCUUCUAGUGGGUGCAAAGCUGCAGCAUGUCAUCGCAACUCUAACAGCAGAGGGUGCAAAGAUGAGCACCUAUGGGCCAAGGAUACAGCCAAGGGAUGAUCUGUUUUGGUUCAAGAAACCAGAGUUUCUCCUUUGGUUAAUACACUUCGUUCUCUUUCAGAAUGCCUUUGAGUUGGCUUCGUUCUUCUGGUUCUGGUGGCAAUUUGGUUAUGAUUCAUGCUUCAUCAAAAACCACCUUUUGGUAUAUUGCCGCCUUAUACUGGGGUUUGCUGGACAGUUCCUGUGCAGUUACAGUACAUUGCCUGUUUAUGCGCUGGUCACUCAGAUGGGGUCCAAGUACAAGGCGGCGCUGAUCCCACGGAGGAUCAGAGAGACCAUACACGGGUGGGGAAAGGCGACGAGGAAGAAGCGGCGUCGCCGGCGCGGCGACGACUCCACGGCCCGCACGGAGACGAGCACGGUGUGCUCGCUCACGGACGACGACGAGGACGACUUCGACGAUCACCACCACCACGGGCCGUCGGACGAGACCCCGAGGGCCGGGGGCCGCCCGCCGUACCUGAAGAUCGAGAUGCAUCGUCAGUCGGGCAGCGGCCACGGUGGCCCCAGGCCCGGCACCCCAUGCUUCCACCCCGCGCCCAUGCCGACGCCGGGCGGCGGCGGCGGCAGCGGGCACGCCAUGCUCCUGCAGCAGGCCUCCGUCUCCGCGCCGUCGUCGCCGUCGUACCGCGGAGGCAACGUGACCAGGUCGGCGUCCAUGCCCGGGUUCGCCGCGCUGAGGACGGGCUCCGGUACGCCGACGCGCAUGAGCCAUGAGGAGCCCACGUGA